AUGAUGCUGGAUCCGGGACUGAAUCCGGUUGUCAACAUGCUUAGCCUCGAGUUCUUGUUGACUUCAAAAGUCGUCCUCGCCCCCAGUGUAGCAGCGAUCAUACUGCUCGCACUGCUGGCACAAUGGGCGGUGCGGACAUACAAACUACGGAAAUUGCCCAUCUUCAACAGGGUCGGCUGGUUCAAUAGGUCCAAGGCGAAGGAUAACUGGCGCUGGAAUGCCAGACAAUUACUCUUCGACGGAUUUAGUAAACGUGUCAUGAUACUAUCUCCCGAGUAUGCAAAUGAAAUUCGUGGCGAUCAUCAUCUGAGCUUUUUGCGAAACAAUGACAAGGAGUUUCUGGGUCAACUUCCUGGAUUCGAGAUAUUCAAGUACGAUGGAAAGACGUCUACUUUGGUCGCCGACGUGGUGCGGACCAAGCUAACACAAGCCUUGGGAUGGCACGCAAUACCGCUCAAAACCACUCUCCUUGAAGUCGUCGCUCGUGUGUCAUCGCGGGUGUUUCUGGGACCUGAGCUGUGCCGAAACCCAGACUGGUUGCGCAUUACUAUCGACUACACGGUCAACGUAUUCAUGGCCAUGUCAGCUGUGAAACGCUACCCCAAGUGCACGCAUCGUAUCGUUCAUUGGUUUCUGCCUGAGACGCGCAAGCUUCGGGCCCAGAGCGCCGAGGCACAGCGUAUCAUUCAGCCGGUAAUUGACCAGCGAGCCAGGGAGCUCGCAGCAACCAAGAGUCAUAACAAGAAUAACGCAAAAUUUAUGGACGACUGGUCGUCGCCGCGUAAACACUCUGACGCAGUGCAGUGGAUGGAAGAGUUGUCCAUGGGUAAACCGUACGAUGCUGCUGUGGCUCAACUCGGUCUUUCGAUGGCGGCUAUUCAUACCACAACCGAUUUGUUGACGCAGGUUCUUUACGAUCUUUGUCAACACCCCGAGCUCAUCCAGCCGCUGCGUGAAGAGAUCAUUGCUGUGCUGCAGGAAGGAGGGUGGAAGAGGACCGCGCUUUACAAGCUGAAACUCAUGGACAGCGUGCUGAAAGAAAGCCAACGCUUGAAGCCCGCUUCAAUGGUAUCCAUGAGGCGCUUCGCCACCGACGACGUCUCGCUCAAAGACGGCCUCGUCAUCCCCAAGGGCAGCCUGCUCGGGGUCUCAGCACACUGGAGCUGGGACAAAUCCGUCUUCUCCGACCCGGACCAAUAUGACGGCUACCGGUUUUUCAACUUGGCUCAAAACCCUGAGACGGAGAAGAUGUCCCAGUUCGUCUCCACGAGCCCCCAGCAUCUCGCUUUCGGGCAUGGCAGGCAUGCCUGUCCCGGGAGAUUUUUUGCUGCUAAUGAAAUGAAGAUUGUUCUUGCGCAUAUCUUGCUCAAGUACGAUUUCGCAUUAGUCGAAGGCGCGCCAAAGCCCAAGGUUUCUCUUCUUGGGUGGAUGAUGUCGUCGGAUGCGCAGGCACAGCUUUUGAUUAAAAGGCGGAGGGAGGAGAUUUGUGUUGAUUGA